AUGAGGGCCGACACAGACCCCGAGUGUGGGACAGAGAUGGACUCUGAGAACCCGGAGAACCCCACGGAGCUGGAGGACCUGGUCGCAGCCAUAAACAUCACCGCCAACCGCCUGAGCCCCCCCAACGGCUUCAGGACACAGCGGCCUCACAGGAAGAUGUCCCUGCAGGAGCGCCGUCUCGCCCGCCAGCCCACCAUUGAAACCAAGCGAGUGUCCAUCACCGACGGAGAGGAUUGCGUUCAGCUCAACCAAUACAAGCUGCAAAAUGAAAUCGGAAAGGGUUCAUAUGGAGUCGUGAAACUGGCAUAUAAUGAAGACGCAGAAGAAUAUUAUGCCAUGAAAGUUGUUUCUAAGAAGAGGCUAAUGAAGCAGUGUGGAUUCAUACGGCGGAGGCCGUCUCAAGGCUCACAGCUGGAUCCCUAUCCUCAGGCCUUGCUGCCGCUGGACAAAGUCUACAAGGAGAUCGCCAUCCUGAAGAAACUGAACCAUCACAACGUGGUCAAACUGGUGGAGGUGCUGGAUGAUCCCAGUGAGGAUGGACUUCACAUGGCCUUCGAACUUAUGAAAAAAGGAGCUGUGAUGGAGGUGCCCACAGACACCCCCCUCACUGAGGAGCGCAGUCGCUUUUACUUCAGAGACGUGGUCCUGGGACUGGAAUACUUGCACUACCACAAGAUCAUCCACAGAGACAUAAAGCCGACGAACCUCCUGCUGGGGGACGACGGUCACGUGAAGAUUGCAGACUUUGGCGUCAGUCGAGAGUUCAAGGGCACAGACGCUCUGCUGUCGGGCACCGCUGGGACCCCCGCCUUCAUGGCCCCCGAGACCAUGACCGAACUCGAGCAGUACUUCAGCGGAAAAGCUUUAGAUCUAUGGGCGAUGGGAGUCACACUUUACUGUUUUGUGUUUGGAAAGUGUCCUUUUUAUGAUGAAAACAUUAUAGCACUGCACAAAAAGAUCAAGAAGGACCCUUUGGUUUUUCCAGAAACACCCACUAUUAGUAACAGUUUAAAGGACCUCAUUGAGAAGUUGUUGGAUAAAAACCCUGAAACAAGAAUUACACUCCCAGAAGUGAAGGUGCACCCAUGGGUGACUGAGAACGGCACAGACCCACUCCCCCUGGAGGAGGAGCACUGUACUGCACUGGAGCUCACUGAGGAGGAGGUGAAGAACAGCAUCAAGCUCAUCCCGCGCCUGUCCACUGUGAUCCUGGUGAAGUCCAUGCUGAGGAAGCGAUCUUUCAGUAAUCCUUUUGAGUGUCAGGCCAGGCGCGCGCAUAGGUCCAUGUCUGCCCCCGGAGGUCUGCUUACUGACUUGGCCAAACUGGGCUCCUCUCUUCACAUCCACUCUUCAUUGAGGAAAGUGAGCCGCGAGGGCAGCCGCGAGGGAGAGCUGGAGGACUUGUACGAAGACGAAGCGUUGGCAGAAAGUGCUGAGUAA